UAGAAGAUCCGUCAUCUUUGGUAAACAGCGCAGACAUUGUUCAUCUUUGAAAAACUACUUUGUUUUUUUCCUCUUUGCUUACUCGACUCUCCUAAUUCUUUCUCAAUUUCGUCUAUAGGGUGAUAGAAACUAGUAGCGAGAGCUUACCUUGAAACAACGCCAACGUUUUAUGAAAGCGACGUUCGAAAAACGCGUCUUCAAUAUGAAAAUAAAAGAAAGAAUGAAAUUUGGAAACGUAAUUUGCAUAUUUCCAUCCCAUCCAUAACAUGAGAGGGUACUUUAUAUUGGUUUCAACCCGUUCAUUUCUGCUAUGACAAAUCAUCGAUUCAACCUCCAUUUAUGCUUUCCAUUAAGAGUCGUUUUUCUAAAUGUUUUAAAAUAAACGCAUGAAGCUUAGUGACACUUCAUACAAGCAAGAGAGUUCAUUAAAAGGAAAGGAAAGCCGAAGCAUGAGUUACUUUUUCGAGGCAAACGUGAACGGUAAUUGAAUCAUCUUUAAGCGAAUUUUAGUACUCGUUUUAACUCUUCUUUUCACAAAAGCUCCACUCAAUUUUGUAUUGAUCCACCGUUUGCAGAGUUGUUUACUAGUGGAUUGCAGUGUACUAGUGUGCAGUGCACAAUAAUCCGUGAAAAAAGGAAAAAUGAGGGUUGUAUGGUUGAUUCCUUUGCCAAACACAAGAUGAGCGCUGGAGAAAGCAUCAAGUUAUAUCCUGCCACUUCUAAACAGGCUGUUGAAGCCUCAUUUGUUCCUAACGGAAAAAUCAGCCCUCUCGUCCGUCGCUCCGUUGAACCUGUCGGACCUUUUUUCUUGGCUCACGCUAGACGCCAGAGACACGGUCGCACUUUUAGUGAAGAUGAACGUUUGGAAGUGAAGGAUGAAAAGAAGGAAGAAGUUAAGGAGGAAUCUGAGGAUGAGGAAGAAGACCCAGAAAUGCUUCGUGCCGACCCUAAGGAAUGGAAGCAACAAGAUCACUACGCCGUUUUGGGUCUCUCCAAAUACCGUUACAAGGCUACCUUGGAGCAAAUUAAGAAGGCUCAUUUGAAGAAGGUCUUGAAGCAUCACCCCGAUAAGAAGGCUGCCACUGGUAACAUCAAUGAUGACUCUUUCUUCAAAUGCAUUCAAAAAGCCAAUGAAAUCCUUACGGAUCCUACUAAGCGUCGUCAAUACGACUCUGUCGAUGAAAAUGCUGAAGUUGAGGCUCCUGAGUCUACUACCGAAGAAAAUUUCUUCGAACUCUGGACACCUGUUUUCGAUAGCGAGGCCAGAUUUUCCAAGAAGCAACCUGUUCCUGGUUUGGGAACAAUUGAGUCCUCUCGCCCCGAGGUUGAAAAGUUCUACAACUUUUGGUACAAUUUUGACUCUUGGAGAACCUUCGAGUACUUGGAUAAGGACAUUCCUGAUGAUGGCGAGUCUCGUGAUAACAAGCGUUAUCAAGAGAAGAAGAAUCGCUCUGAGCGCCAAAAGAACAAGGCUCGUGACAAUGCUCGUCUCCGCCAGUUGGUAGAUACUGCUUUGGCUUCUGACCCCCGCAUCAAACUCUUUAAACAACAAGAGAAAGCUGCUAAGGAAGCCCGUAAGUGGGAGCGUGAUGCUGGUGCUCGUGAAGCUGCUGCUGCCGCUCAGAAAAAGAAGGAAGAAGAAGAGCGUCGUGCUACUGAAGAAGCUGCUUCCAAGGCUGCUGCUAGCGCUGAAAGCAAGAAGGCUAAGGAAGACAAGAAGAAGGCUCAGAAGCGUGACAAGAAGAUUGUCAAAAAUGCUUUGAAGGACUUCAACUACUUUAGCGAAACUGAUGUCCCUUCUCCUAUCCAAGUUGACACUGUCCUCAAGGAUACCGACGCCUUAAUGGCUAAACUUGGUGAUGGUGAACUUACCACUUUGGCUGCUGAUAUUUCUGCUCAAAAGGACGCUGGUGGCGCUGCUGUCAAGGGUGUCUUUGACAAGUAUGCCAAGUUGUUCAUCGAACGCGGUUCCUUAAAUGCCAGUGAAAUUGUUUUCUUUGGCAAGUAAAGUAAACGAGCAGAUUUUUGAAUACCUUCAGUUCAUUUUUAGUAUAGACAGGGAGGCUUCCAAAGGCUUGGGAUUGCCUUUGGUACAAAAAUAAAGGGUUUAUUUAGAAAAUUGAUGAGGGUGAAAUGGUACACUUGCGUGUUUUCAUCAUGAUUUAGCAUAUCGUUGUAUUGUAUUGCUCCCUUUGCAUCUCAUUAGACAUAAAAUUGCAAAAGACCGUUAGAGUAAAUUUUCCUCCAGUUAAUUCAAUUUGUAUGCACAA